GCCCCAAGGUUCACCCAAGCCAGGCCAUCAUGCAGACCGUCGCUGCCCGCACCGGCGUUGUGGCGUCCGCCACCCGCCGCGCGACCACCAUGCGCCGCACCGUGAAGGCCAAGCCUUCCAAGAGCGACAGCGUGUGGUACGGCCCCGACCGGCCCAAGUUCCUGGGCCCGUUCUCUGAUGGCCUGGUGCCCGCCUACCUGACUGGCGAGUUCCCCGGCGACUACGGCUGGGACACCUCCGGCCUGUCCGCCGACCCCGAGACGUUCAAGCGCUUCCGCACCGUGGAGGUCAUCCACGCCCGCUGGGCCAUGCUCGGCGCGCUGGGCUGCAUCUUCCCCGAGGUGCUCGAGAAGUACAGCGGCGUGGAGUUUGGCGAGGCCGUGUGGUUCAAGGCCGGCGCACAGAUCUUUGCGGACGGCGGCCUGAACUACCUGGGCAACCCCGGCCUGGUCCAUGCGCAGAGCAUCGUGGCCACGCUGGUGGUCCAGGUGCUGCUCAUGGGCGCCGUGGAGAUCUACCGCGCCAACGGUGAGGGCCCCAGCGGCUUUGGCGAGGGCCAGGACAACCUGUACCCCGGCGGCGCCUUCGACCCCCUGGGCCUGGCUGACGACCCCGACACCCUCGCGGAGCUGAAGGUCAAGGAGCUCAAGAACGGCCGCCUGGCCAUGAUGUCCAUGCUGGGCUUCUUCGUGCAGGCGAUCGUGACAGGCAAGGGUCCCCUGGACAACCUGCUGACCCAUCUUGAGGAGCCUGGCGAGUUUAACUUCUACGCCAACUACGCCUCCACCCUGGCAUGAGCUGUGCUUACCGCCAGUUGGACUUGGGCAGCCCCACCAUGUGUGCCGCGUCCAAAGGGCCAGCCGAGAAGAACACCAUCCCAUCUGUCUCUGCGAUGCGUGCACGCAUGCCAUGUAACUUGCUCAUCACC